UGCCCCUCUGCCCCCCAAAUAAACAUUAAAAAAAAACUUUGACAAUAACAAGUGUUGGUAGAGCUGUAGAGAAAUCGCAACCUCUGUACAUUGCUGAUGGGAAUGUAAAAGGAAGCACCAGUGUUGGAAAAGAACCUGCCUCAGAAUUUUAACAGAGUUAUGGUAUGAGCCAGCAGUUCCAUUCCUUAGCUCUUUACAUGCCCACAUGAAAUCUUAGCAGUGCUUUUCACAAUAGCCCAAAGGUGGAAACAGCCCAAAUGUCCAGCACCUAGGAAUGGAUAAACAAAAUGUAGUAUGUCUUUAUAAUGGGAUAUCACUUAGUCAUUAAAAGGAAUGAAAUACUGAUAUGUGCUACAACAUGGGUGAACCCUGAAAACAUGCUAAGUGAAAGAAGCCAGAUAAGGCCACAUAUGAGUACAUGGUUUCAUUGAUAUGAAAUUUCCAGUCAGUAAAUCUGUAAGAGAAGGCAGAUGAGUGGUUGCUAGGGACUGGGGGAGAGAUGGAUGAGGAAUGACUGCUGAUGAGUGCAGGGUCUCCUUUUUGAGGGGCCAAAUGUUUUACAGCUGGAUAGUGGUGAUGGUUGUACAACAUUGUAAAUAUUCUAAACAUUGCCACUGAUAAAUUUGUGUUAUGUGUAUUGUACCCCCCAAAACCAAAAAAGGUAAGUAUGCCGAUCUGAGAAGUUCCCAGCACAGGGCAUCCUAAUAAAUCCCUACUAUAAACAACAUACUAGACAUUGUAUUAAUUCAGGAGGCUAGUUGCACACGUUUCCCAGUCCCAUAGAAAGUACAGGCAGCCCAGCAGCACUAUCAUGACCAUCUAAUCAUGUACGACUUUAUUCUCAACUUUUCAGCAGAUAUCUGAAAAUCUGAAUUAGGACCCCAGUUGGUCAGAAAUAUUUUAGACAGUUUGCUCUGUGCUGUGCAGCACGUCUCACACAUGCUACCUCCUAACGUUGCAGUAACUUGUGAAGAGUUUUAUUUGGCCCCGACUCAGUAUGAAUAGCACAGUAAAUGAAUUUUGCUGGCUCUAACAAGAGUUCAGAAAUCAGGAGGCUCAUGCGGUUCUCACAACAGUCCUCUGAGUUGGGGAUGUUCUUCCCAUUUUAUGGACAAGUAAACAGAAGCUUAGUUUAAGUAACUUGUCAGCCUUCACACAACUAAUUAGGAGGAGAGCUGGGGAUGUGUUGAUUGCAUGGAGAGUGGAGUGCUUCCCCCAGACUCAGCAUCAGCCUUAGGACCUCUCAGGUGCAGCACAGCUUUUAAAACCCUGUACUUAGGUCUGAAUUUGUGAUUUUGUAUUCCUUAAGGAGGACCCCACGGAAGUUGGAUUUCUACAUAGGGAACAAAUUACGAAAGUAGUCUUUGAAAUCUGGAAGACUGGGCACAUGACAGAAGGAUUUGGAUCCCCUGUUCAUUGUUAAACCUAGUGGAAAGAAGAAACAGGAAACCAGAAUUUGAUUCAGUACAGGAAAUGGCCUUGGGACAUGUCCUAUAAAACCUGCAAAGGAGCUGUGAAGAUGUGCUCACAACAAUGUGUCUAGAAGGACUCAGAGGUGGGGGAGGUGUCCUAACCGUCAUUUAGCAGAGUCAGCUGGAGGGGAAGGCUGGUGAGGCAAGUAUGUGAGAAGUAGAUAUACUCUAGGAUGAGCUUAGAGAUGUUUGUUGGUCAACCAAAUGAGUAUCUCAUAAGGGUACUGGGCUUCUUUCAGCCUAAUGUGAAUCAGGUUUCUCGAGGCUCUCUUGAAACCAUGGCUAUCAUUUACAACAUUCAUAAACUUGGCCCUACCUUUAAGAUAUCUACAACAUAGUGAGGGACAUUAAGAAAAUAUAUACAUACAUACCUUUAAUACAGGAGUGAGUGCGAGAGUAAGACAUACAAAGGCUACAGGAUUUCAUGGGAAGAGAUGAUUACACCCGAGUGGGGCCAAGUUCUCAUAGAAAUUUCAAGUACCCACAAGAAACUCAAUGAGAGUCUUGAUGAAAACUUCAAAAAAUUCCAUAAAGAGAUUAUACAUGAGCUGGAGAAGAAGACAGAACUUGAUGUAAAAUACAUGAAUGCAACUCUUAAAAGAUACCAAACAGAACACAGGAAUAAAUUAGAUUCUUUGGAGAAAUCUCAAGCAGAGUUGAAGAAGAUCAGAAGGAAAAGUCAAGGAGGACGAAAUGCGCUCAAAUAUGAACACAAAGAAAUUGAGUAUGUAGAAACCGUUACUUCUCGCCAGAGCGACAUCCAGAAAUUUAUUGCAGAUGGGUGCAAAGAAGCUCUGCUUGAAGAGAAAAGGCGCUUCUGCUUUCUGGUUGACAAACACUGUAGCUUUGCAAAUCACUUACAUUAUUAUCAUUUACAGUCUGCAGAAUUACUCAAUUCCAAACUGCCUAGGUGGCAGGAGACCUGUGGGGAUGCUACCAAAGUACCUGAGAAAAUCAUGAAUAUGAUAGAAGAAAUUAAGACCCCAGUCUCUACCCCAGUGUCCGGAACACCUCAGCCUUCACCAAUGAUUGAGAGAAGCAACAUGGUUGGGAAAGAUUAUGACACCCUUUCUAAAUAUUCACCAAAGGUGCCCCCAGCUCCUUCAGCCAGAGCGUAUACCAGUCCUUUGAUUGAUAUGUUUAAUAACCCAACGGCAGUUGCACAGAAUUCAGAAAGGAUAAAGAAUUCAACAGUUUUAACAGAUUCUUCAGAUGAUCCCAGUUUACAGCGAUCGGUUUCUGUCGCAACCGGACUGAACAUGAUGAAGAAGCAGAAGGUGAAAACCAUCUUCCCACACACCGCAGGCGCGAACCAGAGCUUGCUCAGCUUCGCCCAGGGAGAUGUCCUCACGCUGCUCGUCCCCGAGGAGAAAGACGGCUGGCUUUAUGGGGAGCACGACACCACUAAAGCGAGAGGUUGGUUCCCGGCAUCUUACACGAAGUUGCUGGAAGAAGAUGCAAAGGAGGCCAUGAGUGUGCCCACACCAAGCCCAGCGCCAGUGAGAAGCAUCAGCACCGUGAACUUAUCCGAGAAAAGCAGCGUGGUCAUCCCCCCGCCAGAUUACUUGCAAUGUCUGUCCCUGGAAGCGGCUGCAGAUAAGAGAGCAGACAUUUCCAAAAGUAUUUCUACCUUUAAAGCACCGGUGUCCAAACCAGAAAGCACCUCUCCUAACGACGCAAAUGGGACAGCAAAGCCUCCUUUUCUCAGCGGAGAAAACCCCUUCGCGACGGUGAAACUCCGGCCGACGGUGACAAACGAUCGCUCUGCACCGAUCAUUCGAUGAAGAGCAGGCCGGGAGCUCCAGUCCCUCCGACGUUAAGUUCUCACUUGCAAAAUGAUUUGUUGUUUGGUGUGCGCUUAACUGUUGCAAAGCUUCGCCAAAGGGUGCCUGAUUUUAAAUGUAUUCCACUUGAGCAAAUCGACGCAUUUUCUCAAUUUAACAUAGUUGGGUUGAUACGUUUGUCUUUAAUAAUAGUCUAGUGACCCACUCAAAUCAGUGAAGAUAUUUUCUUCCCAUUCUGUCAGAAGACCAUAAAUUUGGUUCCAAUCCUUACUGUAUCAUUUUUUUUAAUAUUCUGUGAUUAUUUUUUAAUAGAAUGAGGGAUAGUCUGCUUUCGUGACCAGCUCUCUGCAUGAAAUGAGCACAGUUUUAUUUUAAAAAGCAUGUGCUCUUAUCUAGCGUUAUAACAUUAUCUAAAGGAAAGGUUGUGUAAAGUUGCAUCUUAGCAUGCAAAUCGUAAUUUUAAGCAAUAUAAAUUAUGAAUAGUCUAUAAAAUUUAAUUUUUUAACUUAAAAA